CAUCAACAUUUUGGACUUCUGUAAAGAGCCAGGCAACUUCAUAGUUACAGCCUUCUUUUCAGCAUCAACAAGUUUUCGAUUGGGCAUACAAAGUUAAGAAGAACUCUUCAACCCCCCAGACUUUCAACCCCUGUCAACAAGCAGCCACACUUCCUCUACCAUGGCCGACCCGCAUGCCCGCUCGCAGUCCGUCACCCGCAACUUCGGUUCCGAGGACUUCGUCAUCGGAGCCGGCGUCGCCAUCUUCCACCUCGCCUCCCAACGUGUCGUCCUAUGCAGCGAAAUACACCGGGGCAGGAAGUACUACUUCCUCCCCAAGGGCCGGCGCGACAUGGGCGAAGACAGCGGACGCAACGCCGUCCGAGAAGGCUUCGAGGAGUCCGGAUUCCGCAAUCGCCUCUUGCCGCUACCCACCAAACACCUGCAACCAGCGCCUCAUCCGCGUCCUGACCAGCUAUCCCUGACGGCGGAAGCUGUAGCUACGGAGUUUAUGCCGGUGGGGAGGGGACUGCAGUACAUCCUCUUCUGGUACAUUGCCGAGACGCUCCCGCCAGACGACGUCGAGGCGCUAGAUCGAGAGCAUGGCCCAACGCUGUUUGGGACGCCGCCAGAGUAUCCCCAGUAUCUGACGCUGCAGUCGCGGCUCGAGAUGGAGCCGAAGGGCUGGGUGCCGCAGCGAACGGCAGGGACGGGCGUCGACUCGGACGAAGCCCUGUACGAAAGCGACCUCUAUCCCCUCGCCGAGGCACUUCGAUUGCUCGGCGAGGGCAGUGUCCAAGCCGACGUUGUAGGGAGGGGAUGGACGGCCAUCUGCAAGCGGUGGGAUGAUGAGAAGCCCGUUGUGGAACCUGCGCAAACUUCAUAAGGUCGCCUGAGGCUCGCAAAGCGUAAUCAUAUCUCGCUGAGUUUACAGACACAAUGGCCUGCCUUCAAGGCUUCCCGUACCGCCGUCAAGUUGGAAUAGUGGUUCAUCACAUCAAUGUACUACCAUGAUCACACGAGCGGCGGCAACAAAGAACAUAUCGAAGGCACGGUAGCGUACCAUCAACAUCUUGUGUAAUGCUAGUCAUCCCAUAUCCCACCCUCAUAGACCCAUAAAUGACACCAUCCCCCCA